AUGGAAGCGAAGAAACAAAGGAGGGAGGGAGCUUUGGAAAAAUCUACACGUACAAGGUUGGAUCAGCGGAGUCCCCGAGCCCUAGGAAUCCAAGCGGUCGCGAAAUCCAUAGGGCUGGAGCUGGAGCAAGUCGAGCUGCAGCCGGCAAACGGCGUCCCGAACUUUUACUGGGCUCUGAACCCACUGGGAAAGACACCGACGUUUGUCGGAGCGGACGGGCUGGUGUUGACGGAGUGUAUGGCGAUUGCCCUGCACGUGACAAACAAAGACCCGACGACCACCCUCCUGGGGAGCACCUCGCUGGACUUCGUCCAAAUCAUCCGCUGGAUCUCGUUCACCAACACGGACGUCGUCAACCGCAUGGCAGCCUGGAUCCGACCACUGAUCGGCUACACGCCCUACAGCGCGGACGAGGUGCGCAAGGCCCAGCGCGAGACGAGGCAGGCCAUCCGGGUCUUCGAGGACAAUCUGCGGGACCGCAAGUAUCUCGUUGGCGACCGGCUGACGCUGGCGGAUAUCAUGUGUGCCAGCCUGCUCACGUUUGGGUUUGCGCAGAUCUUUGAUCGGGAAUGGAGGGAGGACUUUCCUUACUUUACGGGCUGGUACUUGAUGGUGAUGCAUUUGCCCAUCAUGAAGGCGGUUGUGCCUGAAGCGCCGUUGGUCGAGGUGGGCUUGCCGAAUGCGCCGCCAACGGAGCCGUUCAGGGCGCCUUAG